AUGAUAGAAAUUGAAAAAGAAUCAAAAACAAAAGAAAGGGAAAAAAAAAAACCUUUCACUGACCUCAAUCUGGAUAACUCAAUCAUUUUUUCACUUUUCAUUCAAAAAUAUUUUUAUUGCGCAAAAAUACAAGAAAUUAGCAUACCACAUAUUUUAAAGAAAAAUGAAAAUAUUUUAUUGCAAUCUGAAACAGGGACUGGAAAAACAUUAUGUUUCGCCAUACCAAUACUUCAAACUUUAGUCAAUUAUAAAAAACAAAUAUCUAUAAGUAGCGAAAAAAGUUGCAAAGAAAAAACAAAAUGUAAUCCUGAUGACACUCAUAUCGAUAAUACUGCUAAAGCUAACGAUUUUUUUUAUGACGAAAAUAGUAUUAAUUCUAUUUAUGAUUAUUUUCAAAAAUGUGAAAUUACUAAGUGUAAAUCUAUUCCAUUUAAUAUAAAUGUAGAUAAAUUUAUUUCAUAUACUAAUAACAAUAAUAUAAUUAAAAAUAAAAAUUCAAUAGCUGACAUUGAUAAGGAACAAAAUCAAGAUACUAAUGAAGAAGGGUUCCUAACAAAAGAAAAACUUUACAACUCCCUUGAAGAAAAAACAAAAUUAAUAACUAAUGUAAAUCCAGAAAUUAAACAAAAUGAAAAUGAUCAAAAAAGUACCGAACCAAAAGACGACGAAAAAUAUAAAGAGAGAGCAAAACGUAGUUCCCAAUUUAAUAUAUCAGAAAUCACAGCUAUUAAAGAAGAUAACGAAAUAUUUCAUAAUUUAAAUCGAAAUAAAGAGGAUAAAGGGAUUGACGUAAAUACAAUUAUAAUUACCCCAACACGUGAGCUUUGUAUACAAAUUUAUAAUGUAAUAAAUAAAUUCUUAUUUUUUAUAAGAUUAUAUUUUUCAAAUAAAUUUAAUGUAAAUUUAAAAAUAUUAGAUAGAGAUAACUUUUUUAUAAAUAGUUUAUUAUUUAGAGGAGCUGUAAAAAUUGAAGACGAUAUAAAAGUUCUAGAAAAUGAAAAAAAAAAAAAAAAUACUUUUCAAAUAAUUACAGCUACCCCUGGAAAAUUAGCAAACUUAUUUAAAGAUUAUGAUCAUCUUUUUAACACAUCAAAAUUGAAAUAUUUUAUAUUAGAUGAAGGAGAUAAACUAUUGGAAGAAAGUUAUAUAAAUUAUGUAAAAGAUGUUGUAAAUAAUAUCACAUCUAAUGAUUAUAUUACUUGUAUAUGCAGUGCAACUUGUUUAUAUGAAGACAAAAUUUGUAGUUUAUUUCCUUCUGGAUUAAAAAAAAAAAAAACAUUUAGAAUAAUUGUUAAUCCUAAGGAAGGUGAAAAUGUACAACAGUCUAACCUCAAUGUUAUUUCCUCCCCACAGGUUUAUUUAAAUAAUAACAAGCAGGAUAAUGAAAAUAUAACUACCACAUUUGCAAUGUCCAAUCGAAUUGAGAAUUAUUAUAUUGUAUUAAGAAAUAUAGACAAACUUUUUUUCCUUUUUAAAUUUUUAAAUACUGUUUUGAGUAAUGGGGAAACCGCCAUUGUGUUUUUUCCAACCUGUUUUUGUGUUGAUUAUUAUUUUCACAUGUUUAAAAGUAUUUUUAGCAUAAAAAAUUUAUACAAUAAUGAUGGGGAAAACCUUUUCGAACACCUUGCCAAACUAAACAAGCUUUACAAUAAUAUAUGUACAGAUGAUGAAAUGCUCAUUUUUUCGAAAAUGAUUUGCUAUAUUCAAAAUUAUAUAGGAAAAAAUAAAAUUAAUUUUUUAAAAAUUCAUAGAAAAAUGAAAGAUAAAAAACGCAUUAGUGCUUACAAUAAAAUAACAGAUAAUAAAAAACUUUCUAAAAAAAAAAAUGUAAUUUUUUGUACAGAUGUUAUGAGUAGAGGAAUAAAUAUUAAUAUUCAGUGGGUUAUAAAUUAUGAUGUUCCCAAUAAAAAUAUGACAUAUAUUCAUAGAAGUGGGCGAACUGGUAGAUUUGAUAAAACGGGUAAAAACAUUAUUUUUAUAAAUAAAAAGGAAAAGGAAUAUUUAUACUUUUUAAAAAGUAAAAAAGUCAACAUUUAUAACUUUAAAAAAACAUAUAUGUUUCAAAAUAUGAUAAAAUACGAAUCCAUAAUCAUCAAAACAGAACACCGUUUAAAUAAGGAGGCUCUAAAACUUGCAAAAAGAAAUAGUGAUUGUAUAAAUUUUCUUGAAAAAAAACAAUUUUUUACAAAUUGUGAUACAAUAAAUUCACAAUCGAAAGCGAAAAAUAUAAGUAAAAAUCAGAAUAAAAAUGAAAAUGAGAAAGAGAAAAGUGAGCAUGUGAAAAAAGAAACCCUCAAACGACAAAAUAUUAUAAUCCCCAAUAAUAUAAUUACGAUAUUCUUGAAACUAAUAAUAUUUUAUGUUAUUGAAAAUCGAGAAAUGUUCAAUUUAUCAACAAAAGCAUUUUUGUCAUACAUUGAAUUUUAUAAAAAUCACCAAUUAAAUUUUCUUUUCCCAUUUAGCAAAUUAAAUAUAUCACAUUUAUGUCAUACAUUUGCAUUAGUUAAAAUACCAAAGUUUAAGGAAAAAGAAAAAGUUAAAAAUUUUAAAAGUUUCGAUAUAAAUAUUUAUGAUAUACCCUAUAAAAAUAGCGAAAAAGAAAAAAAGAGAUUAGAAAAUAAGAAAAAAAAAAAAGAAGACCGGGACAAAAACUUAAAAAAGGGCCAAACUAUUUCUACUGAGCAAAACAAUACAUUGAAUAAAAACAAAAAAAAACGAAAAACUAUUGUUCAAAAAAAACAUGAAAAACGAGAAAUGGAUCAAAACGAAAUUGACUCGUUAUUUUUUGAAGAAAACUUAUUUAAAAAAUUAAAAAAAAAAAAAAUAACUGAUGAGGAAUAUGAUCGAUUAUUAGGAAUUGAUGAUCUUGAUAAAUUAUUCACUUCAAAUCCGUCAAAAAAAAAUACACAAAUUGUUAAGACAAGUAUUCUACAAAAUUCAAACAAAAAAAAAAGUAAGAAAAAACAAAAAGUAUAUAAUUUAAAGGUCAAAAAAAUAAAAAAAAACUCGAAAAGAAGAAGAUAA